CCCAUCUCUAGUCCUCCAUAGAGCUACCUUAAAAUACCCUGACGUAAAAUUCACGCGUGGGUACUAGUCUGAGUCUAACAAAUCAGCGAUAGGAAGCACGUAAUCUUUGGGAAUCCAAUCUGUUUUGUAAUCACGGACAUCAGACAGAGCAUCUGAGGUGCAACAGCAGGAAAGAGUUCCGAAGGGAAAGGGAAAAGUCAAACCUUCCCGCCCUUCUACCGGCUUGGCGUCCCUCGCUAGUCAGCAAAAUAACUGACCGUGCAAGUUUUUGUGCUGCGGUAUACGCCCCAAUAAUUGCUGUCGCCCGCAUAACCAGAGCAGCGUCGAGCCGAACAGAAGCCACGCAGCAAUGUCCGAAGGAAAAUCAGAGAAGCUGCCUUUUAUUGGCAAGCAGCAACCAAAGCCCGUGACACUAAAUCCUUCGUGGGAGUCGGAACUGCCGCCAGCCGAUUCGAAUGGCAAGGGUUCGAUGCUGGGCCUGACGCCCAAGGAUAAGUACAAGAUUGUGUUCUUCAUCUUUAUGCUGCACGGACUGGGUACGCUGAUGCCCUGGAACAUGUUCAUCACAGCCAAGUCCUACUUCGAGGACUUCAAGCUGGGCGCGAACAACACGGUGCCGACGGAGGUCAACUACAGAAGUACCUUCAUGCAGAAUAUGGGCUUUGCCUCGCAGAUUCCCAAUCUCCUCUUCAACUGGCUGAACAUCUUUGUGAACUUUGGCGGCGACCUGACCAGCCGGAUAGUGUAUAGCAUCAUCUUUGAGAUUGUCAUCCUGCUGGUGACCAUUGUCCUGGCUAUGAUGGACUCGUCCCAGUGGCCGGGCAUAUUCUUCUGGGCCACCAUGGUAAGCAUUGUGUUGCUGAACGUCUGCAAUGGCAUCUACCAGAACACCAUCUACGGCAUCGUGGCCUCGCUGCCCAUCAAAUACACGGGCGCCGUUGUCCUGGGCUCCAACAUAAGUGGCGUGUUCACCACCUUGAUGUCCAUCGCUUGCACCGCCUUCUUCGAUUCAAAAAGGACAUCGGCCAUCUAUUACUUUGUGACGGCGAUUGUGAUUCUCCUGCUGUGCUUCGACACCUAUUUCGCGCUGCCAGUGAACAGGUUCUUUAGGCACUACGACCAGCUCAGCCAGAGCAAUGAGAAGAAGUCCGACUCGAGGGCAGAGCUUAAUAUUCCCUACUGGCAGAUCUUCAGGAAGGCCUCGCCUCAGCUCUUUAACAUCUUUCUGACAUUCUUUGUGACCCUCUCGGUCUUCCCGGCCAUCCAUGCCAACAUUAGACCCACGGACGCAGACUUCUUCAUCUCCAAGGACUACUUCACCUUAAUAACUUGCUUCCUCACAUUCAACGUGUUCGCUAUGCUGGGCAGUCUGACCACCUCCUGGGUGCAAUGGCCCGGUCCAAAGUAUCUGAUUGUUCCCGUGGCUCUGCGCGUGGUUUUCAUUCCCCUGUUCAUCAUGUGCAACUAUUUACCGCCAGAUAUGACAAGGACCCUCGAAGUGUACUUCCCCAACGAGUGGGUCUAUUGGGGUUUUGCCGUCGUAAUGUCGUACAGCUCGGGUUACUUGAGUUCGCUGGGCAUGAUGUAUGCACCCCAGACUGUGGAUGCCAAGCAUCAGAUAACUGCCGGCAUGUAUGCGGCCGCAAUGCUGAUUACAGGCAUAUUCUCUGGGGUCAUGUUCUCGUAUCUGGGUCCAUUGUUCUUAUAACAUCGGUCAAAGCUUCACUGCCUAGCAUGCCGCCUACUAAUACUAAUACUAAAAUGAUCUUGUUAACUUUUCUUCAUGCUAUUAUUAUCAUAUUUGCAUUCAUUAAACAUAUUGUCGUUGUGACUAAUCAUUUUAUACUAACUUCAUUGAAUAAUAAAGAUUUUUACUGGG